GUGGGGAGUCGACGCCUCUAGAAAGCGAGAGGACGCCACACGCCGAGCCAUCUCUCGCUUUGCCCCCAACGAAUCCCUCCCCCAUACCAAACUCCGCCGCCGCCGCCGCCGCCCGCCGCCGCCGAGACCGACCCGACCACGAUGGGCCUAUGGGACGCGCUCUACCGCGUGGUGAUGCGCCGCAACGCGGUCUACGUCACCUUCGUCGUCGCCGGAGCCUUCGCCGGCGAGCGGGCGGUGGACUACGGGGUGCACAAGGUCUGGGAGAUGAACAACAUCGGGAAAAGGUACGAAGAUAUAUCAGUGCUGGGGCAAAGGCCGGCCGAGUAGAACAAUGAAAGCCCAGCACUCAUCAUCUUGCUUGCUUUACGUGAAAGUAGACACUCUUUUAAGCUCUAAUGUCUUGUCAUUUUCUUCGGCACAAUAAGCAAUGUAAAACCCCUAUCUCCGUUUCUGAGAGUUAGCACUCGAUUCAUUUACUCGAACAUGAUUUGUGAAUUUUGAGAUGCAUGGCCAAAACCUUUCCUGUAGCCAUGUGAUGGUGCGCUCUGGAAUCAGUUGAAAACUAUACAAACUCCUCGGAAUGAAAGUUAUUUUGAGGUUUUGUUUCUGUAA